AUGUGGCCCCGUUUCGAGCAGCCGCUACAAAACUGAGCAGAGAACUUCUUUGCCUCGCCAAAGUUACCUUGAAAUGCGGCUUCUGCUUCGACCUCAACUGAUACGUGACGCUGGCUGAACCGAAAGAGCUCACCGGUGGCGCGGCGGGCCUUUUUACCGGCGUCUUCCUUAAAGCGGGUAGUUCCCGCGCAAAGCAGCCCAGCUUCAGCGACUUGUUGCGCCUGUGCAAAAGGCCUCGCCGCCUCAUCCACUGCCGCUCUGCAAAUCCCGGGGACUGAAGCCGAGUCGCAGAGCUGGGAAGACGCGCGCAACUCACCUACGGCGUUCGCGUGCAUGUCUCCGCCCCGGGGAGCGCAGCAAGGGCUGCGGAGGGCGAGGCAGGGGGCGUGAAGCCGGCGGGGAAAGUUAGUGCCCCCCCCCCCCGGCUUUCUACACCGCAGAGCCGAUCAGGGACAAGCCGUGUUGCUCCUGGCGCUUUUCACCUGGAGGGGAAGGCGGAGCUGCCUCAGUCCCGAGCGGCGCGUCCGCACGCGGGGAGGCAAGAUUGGAGCGUGUUCCGCCCGGGCGGCCGUUCCCCGUUGGCGCCCGGGCGAGGGCAUCUGGCUGCUGCCUCUCCCGGAAGGGAGGCAGGAGGCGGCGCUGCCGCCCAGCCACCGGGAUGAGCGGGUGGGUGGGCCGGUGGGCAGCGCGUUAAAAGCGGAGCGUCCUGAGCAGCCGCCCGGAGUCUGGCGGGCCCGCCGGGGAGAUGGCUUCGACCAAGCGGCGCGGCUGCUACUGCCUGGCGGCGGUGCUGAGCCUGGCCGUCGUGGCGGCAUUGCUGGCCGUCCUCCUGACUCGGCCCUGGUGCGUCCCCCCGAGGUAUCCUCACGCAGCCGUGGCCGCGGACACCAGAACUUGCUCGGACGUGGGCAGGAAUAUCUUGCAACGUGGAGGUUCAGCUGUGGAUGCUGCCAUUGCUGCCUUGAUCUGCACCUCUGUCCUGAAUCCCCAGAGCAUGGGCUUAGGGGGAGGUGCCAUCUUUACUAUCUAUAAUGCAUCCACAGGAAAGGUUGAAGUGAUAAAUGCUCGAGAGAGAGCCCCACAAGCAAUUUCUGGAGACUUGCUGGAUCAGUGUCAACCCCUUUUUCUACCAGGAGCACAAUGGAUUGCAGUUCCUGGGGAACUUCGUGGGUACGAAGAAGCCCACAAGCGCUAUGGGAAAUUGCCAUGGAAGACACUGUUUAAACCCACUAUCAAGAUCCUCGAGUCUGGAGUCAAGAUACCAAAGGUUCUGAGUUUAUUUCUCAAAGAGCCGAUUUUACUGCCAUCUUUGAAAACCUCUUCUUUAAGCAAACUGUUUUUUGAUGAAGGUAAUAUCCUGGGAGAAGGACAGACCCUUUACUGGCCAGCCCUGAUAGAAACCCUGAAAGCUGUGGCAGAAAAUGGAGCUGACGAAUUUUACACAGGGAAGACAGCUGAGAAGUUGGUGGAGGAUAUGAGAAAAGAAGGUGGCAUUUUGACAUUGGAUGACCUCAAGAAUUACCAAGUUGAAGUCGUGAAACCCUUGAAUAUUUCAUUGGAGGAAUACACUGUGUAUUCUGCCCCCCGGCCAGCAGCAGGUCCCAUUCUCUUCUUCAUCCUUAACAUCCUAAAAGGGUUCAACUUUACCAAGGCAACCAUGAACACACUCAACGAGAAAGCUGAGGCUUAUCACUAUAUUGCAGAGACCCUGAAGUUUGCUAAUGGACAGAAAACAAAAGUGGAAGAUCCUGCAUUUUCCCUUAUAAAGGAGGAUGCCAUUAGUGAGCUGGUAUCGGAUUCCUUUGCUAACCGUGUCAGGGCGCAAAUCGAUGAGAGAGGGGACCAUGCUGCCACCCAUUACAACCUCACCCAGCCAGGGAGAGUGGGCCUCGGUACCUCUCAUGUUUCUGUCCUUGCUGAAGAUGGCAGUGCUGUCUCGGUCACCAGCACCAUCAACCAACCAUUUGGCUCAAUGGUGUAUUCUGAAAGCACCGGGAUCAUUUUAAACAAUGAGCUUGCUGAUUUCUGCAUGAAGAAGUCAAACAAAGAGAUCUCUCCAGGAGAGAUGCCUCCCUCUUCCAUGGCACCUGCCAUCCUCAUUUCCAGCAACGGGCAGUCCAAGCUGGUAAUUGGAGGCUCCGGUGGGACUCUGAUCACCCCUGCUGUAGCCCUGGUGAUUGCUAACAAGCUGUUGUUCAAGUACAGUCUAGAUGAUGCCAUCAAAGCUUCUAUUCUCUUUCCUGAUGAAAAUAAUUCAAUAAAGGUCGAACAGCACUUUGAUAAGGACAUUCUAAAGAGACUGCAAGAAAAGGGACAUAAAAUUUCCGUUGCAAACAGGUCACUGAAUGUUGUGCAAGGGAUUUCUAAGGAAGGCCACUGCACCUUUGCUUACUCUGAUCUGAGGAAGCAAGGAGAAGCAUCAGGCUAUUAGCCCUACCAGGGCAAAUUGAGUGUGGUGUAAGAAGUGCCUUGGCAGUUCCAAGGCUGCCUGACAUUCUGCAACUUGUUCAGGGAGAGGCUGCGGCUUUGAUGUGGCAAAACCUGUCCAUCUCCAUCCAUCCCAAACCUGACAUCCUAUCAGGAGCCCUGCUUAUUAUGCCUUUCUUUCUGCAAGCUGAAACAAUGCAGAAACUGUUAUAUGCCCAAAGAAGAUACUCUUUUGUGAACGAGAGCAGCUGUUUAGAAAUGAAGAACAGAGCAGCACAUAAACCUUCUAUCACAGUCUGUUGGGAGGAGAACAGAGUUGGAUUCUUUCCCCCUCCUUUCUUCUGUCAAUCCUUUCCUGCACUCUUUGGAUGUUCUUCGCCUGUGUAGGGGGAUCGUGUGAAUGUUAACUGUCACUGCUGUAUUGUGGGGUGGGGGGAUGGAAGUAAGUUGUGAGCCAAUUAAUUUGCUCAGUGAACGCUCAGAUACCAAAUGAGAGGCCAGAGCCUUAUGUGGGACUUGCCACACACAACUGAAAAACACCUGCAGAAGGAGAGGGUGCAGUAGCUACCCAGCUAUCCCACACUUUGUUCUGCCAGUAUUCUGGUAAUAGUCCUAAAAUUGCUUUUUCAUGGCUGUUGAGGCUCUUACCAUUGUAGACUGCAUUUCCUGGGAUAAUGUGAGUUUUCUCCUGCUUCCUUAUAGAAGGUACAUUAAGGCUUUUGCUGUCAAAGUACCAUUCUAGGCUAACUACACCUUCUGCUCCCUAUUUUUCUUAUCAGAUUUUGAGUAGAAAAUCUAAAAACUGCUUAAAGCAAGAGCUCAAAUGAGUUUCUGCCACAAAAGCAAGGUAAUGAAUGGACUGGCUCCAGGGAACUGAAAAUGUGUUUUUCAAAGCUAAAGGUGGUACACUCUAUUUCUCAUUGCCCAUAAUAUGCCUGCUUAUUCAUUUCGUUCUGUUGUCGUUGCUGGUCAAACAAGCUUUCUGGGUUUUCAAAGCACCCCAACACACACACACACACACACACACAAUAGAGACAUAACUGGGAUGAGUACACACCAUCUUGUUGGCUGUCAUCACUUUGGAUACACUGCUAACAUGCAAAGAAGUCAAAAUUUUCAUUUGUAAAAAGGUGUUUUGCUAUUAAUUGUCUGGGGUUUGGUUGUGUUAGUUAUCUUUGAGGACCCAAUAAGGUAAAAAAGGGCACAGAGAUCUACAAAGAGUUGUGCCUGGUCUGCCCAGUGCUCUACUCCAGCCGAGGUUGGCUGCUGCAAUUUUUACACCUUGGAAAUAUUGGAUCAUAUCCUUUCCUACCACCUAUGCAGGCUUCCUUUUUCACUAUGUUGCAACUUGCGUGCUGCUUGUGUCCCCACCACUUGUGCUUGCCACACAUCUUUGAAGCCUUAUCUUAAGCAUAGUGUUGUGUUUUGAGUGAAAUUUUUUGCUUUUAGAAGGCAGCUUUACACAGGUGCUAACUCAGACACUGGCUAGCAGGAGCUUAAGGCAAAGGAAAAUGAGCCAUGCAGACAUAAGUUUCAUGCAUCAGCUUUAUAGCAAAAGCAGUAGCAGCAGUGUGAAUGUGACAUUUUGGCUGGCGGCAGGGGACUGAUGUUGAUACCAAAGAAUGAACUGGGCUCGGUAAAAGGAGAUCUUUACAAGAAUUCUGUACAUGCUUGCUUACUUUCUGUGCAUCUUCUACAAAAUGACAUUUUUAAAUAAAACUGGUUUUACAAGU